AUGCUCAACUGCCUACUAGCUAGUUGUGCCUUUGACUCUACUAUGUUAAGGAUCAUGCUAGAGGUUUGUAUAGACAGUUUGGAGUCGGCGAUAAACGCGAUCCACGGCGGUGCCGAUGAGUUAGAAGUAUGUAGCUCACUCACUGAGGGCGGGCUUACCCCAUCACCAGGCCUAGUCAAGGAAAUAGUAAAAAUGGUAAAUAAUACAACAGCCGGAAAACCAAUCCGUAAAUCAUGUCACGAUUGCGGUUGCGAUAAAUUAACGAAGAGGGCAAAAGUGAAUGUAAUGAUCAGAUGCCGUACGGGUUCCGACUUCUGUUAUUCGGAGCAGGAGAUGGAUACAAUGUUAUCAGAUGUUGAAGUUUUUAAAGCUUAUGGCGUGGAUAGAUUUGUUUUUGGUGCGCUUACAGACUCUCAGGAUAUAGACGAGAAGAACUGUGAAAGAAUUAUCAAUCAAGCGGGUACUGUUCCCGUUACAUUCCAUAGAGCCUUUGACGUUUGCGCAGACCCACUUUCUGCAGUCAAUAAAAUAUCUGCAUUAGGUUUUAAUAGACUGCUCACAAGCGGACAGAAGUCGACGGCUAAUGACAUCGAAGCUAUUCAACUUAUAAAGGCACUUAACAAUACUGUUGGUGAUAAAAUAGAGAUUAUGCCGGGAGCUGGCGUGACUGUGGAAAAUGCAAAGAAUUUUACAGAUAUUGGUUGUAAGAUAGUUCACAGUUCCUGCAAACGAAUCAGAUAUUUGCCGCAGAUUAAAAAAGGAUUAAGUAUGGGUACCAGUGAUAGUGAGCAUGUAUUUGUCUCUGAUGAAAAUAUUGUUCGGAAAAUGAAAGAAGUUAUGACUUAAGAUUAAGUUCUUAAAAUCAAUAAUUUUGUCGAUGUAUGUACACAUGUACCUACUUAUUGAAAUUGUACCGAGAAUAAUUUGUAAUGAAACAAUGUAAUAAAGAAUUUAUCGG